AUAGCAAACAUAAACAAAAGAAAUUAGGAAAAUGAACUAAGCACUCUUGUCCCGAAAUAAUUGGGUAAUGCAAAUGGCAAAUGAGGAAUUUCACAGGUCAACUCAUUAGAAGAAGAAAUUAUAUUCAUUGGGACCCUGGACGACUCAAAUUUUCCACAUAGGUCCCAACUUGACUUAUGAUGUCAUUUUCCACACCACUUCUUAUUACCUUAAAUAUCAGCCUUCAGAAUUAACCACCAAGCAACUAAGAGACAUCCUACUCCUCAAGCACCACCAGUGUGGUGCCUCAUCCAACUCCCAAUUCCACCACAAUACUGCACCAAUCCGAUGGCCUUCACAGCCUCACAUAUACACCUUUCUUUUUUGUCUUUUUUCACUGUCAUCCUUCUUGUUCAAGCAAAACUCAACCUUUACUCACCUGAUCACAGUGCUCUUUUACUUGUCCAAAAAGGCUUAGGUAUCCCUGCUCACCGCAAUGCUCUUGAGAACCCAUGCAACUCUGUUGGAAUAACAUGUGAAAAACGACUCACAAACAAUUCAUACGUGCUAAGAGUCACAAGGGUUGUCUUCAAAUCCUACGGGUUGAAGGGUACUCUGUCUCCUGCCAUUGGGAGGCUUUCUGAGCUCAAAGAACUGUCCCUCCAAAACAACAAACUCUUUGACAGAAUACCAACUGAAAUCGUUGACGCGAGGAAAUUGGAAAUCUUGAACCUUCAAAACAAUCAAUUUUCUGGCAAAGUCCCACCUGAAUUAUCAUCUCUAGUCCGCCUUCGUACCCUUGACCUUGGCUCUAAUGAGUUAUCUGGGAACCUGAACUUCUUGAAAUACUUUCCUAACCUUGAAAAACUCUCCCUUGCUGAUAACAUGUUUACUGGCAGAAUACCUCAAUCCUUGAAAUCUUUCAGAAAUCUCCGGCUCCUUAACAUUUCAGGCAAUAGUUUCCUUGAAGGUACGGUGCCUGUCGUGAGUCAAGUUGAGCACUUAUCAGCAGACUUAAAUCGAAAAGAUUAUGUUCCUAAGCGUUACAUUCUUGCUGAGAACGAAAGAAGGCCAAGGCACACCCCUGCAAUGGCACCAGAUUCAUAUGCCCAAGCUCCAGGACCUAGUACAGUUGUAGUACCAGUAAAAAAAGACAAACACAACAAGAUCAGAAGGAAGGUAGGCGCCUGGAUUCUUGGAUUCUUUGCUGGAGUUUUCGCUGGGGGGUUAUCGGCAUUGGUCUUCUCCGUCCUCUUCAAGGUGCUUAUGUUUUUAAUCAGAGGGAUCAGAAAUGAUUCAGGCUUAACAAUUUUCAGUCCAUUGAUUAAGAAAGCCGAGCACUUGGCCUUUCUGGAGAACGAAGAUGGAUUGGAAUCACUAGAACUCAUUGGGCAAGGUGGAUGUGGAAAAGUUUAUAAAGCUGCGUUACCUGGAAGUGACGGAAAGAUUAUAGCCGUAAAGAAGAUCAUACAACCACCAAGGGAUGCUGCAGAACUCACUGAGGAAGAUAGCAAGGCUAUGAAUAAGAAAAUGCGCCAGAUUAAAUCAGAAAUCAAAAUUGUAGGUCAAAUCAGACACCGGAAUUUGCUUCCCCUACUGGCACAUAUGCCAAGACCAGACUGCCAUUACUUGGUCUAUGAGUACAUGAAAAAUGGGAGUUUACAGGAUACCCUCCAGCAAGUCAGAGAGGGGACACGGGAAUUAGAUUGGUCGGCACGUCACCGAAUUGCAAUGGGAAUAGCUGCUGGACUCGAGUAUCUCCAUAUAAAUCACACUCAGCGUAUAAUUCACAGAGAUCUAAAGCCAGGCAAUGUCCUCCUUGAUGAUGACAUGGAAGCUCGAAUUGCGGAUUUUGGCCUUGCAAAGGCUGUCCCAGAUGCUCAUACACAUAUUACAACUUCAAAUGUGGCAGGAACUAUAGGAUACAUCGCUCCAGAAUAUCAUCAGACACUGAAGUUCACUGAUAAGUGUGAUAUAUACAGCUUUGGGGUGCUGCUAGGCGUGCUAGUUAUGGGAAAGCUUCCAUCUGAUGAGUUCUUCCAGAACACUUCUGAGAUGAGUUUAGUGAAAUGGAUGAGAAAUGUCAUGGCUUCUGAGGAUCCAAACAGAGCAAUUGAUCCAAAGCUGAUGGGUAAUGGAAAUGAGGACCAAAUGCUUUUGGUUCUCAAGAUUGCCUGCUUUUGUACCCUGGAGAAUCCUAAGGAGAGGCCUAAUAGUAAGGAUGUUAGGUGCAUGUUGAUGCAGAUCAAGCAUUAAGUAUGUAGUGGAUAACUUACAGUAAAUAAAAGUUUGUCAUGAAACUAAGAUAGUAUUUCUUGUGUAUGACGGUCCUUGUGUAUUCUGUUACAUCUCCAAUAUGAGAGACUGUCCUUGUGUGUUUUGUUUCCUCUCCAAAAUGAGAAGUUUACAUUUAU